GUAACUUUCGGUUUCGAUUCCGGCACACACGUGUUGUUUGUAAACAUUGAUGUUUAAUAGGAUUUUAGCUGGACGACACUUACUGAAAUGGAUUAAGAACAAUGUACAAUCUAAAUCUCAAUACAAUUUUAUCUGAAGUCAGCUCUUACUCAGUUUUUUUCUAAACGUUCUAACCCAGGCGACAACCGGGGAUUCCACUCCUCUUUUAGCAAAAGCUGUGACGUAGUGCGCAAAUGGGAUAUCCUCCUCACAACGUAUCGAAGCAUUUCCGCUGAAUUUCCCUCCCGCUGUACAGGUGGGUGUCGGACCGUAUGCUUACUUUCCCAUCGGUCAUGGAACGGUGACAUGGGACAACCCACUUACACAGAAUGUGUGAGGGAGGAGAGAAUCUACUAAGAUAUAUACUGUAAAAACAAAAACAGCAUGGAGAAGACGAUGCAUUAUACAUCUGUAAACCAUGCACAUCAAGCCAUUGAGCAGAUCAACCAGUUGCGGAAUCGAAGAGAACUUUGUGAUAUCAUUCUCCGGUGCAAUGAAACCAGAAUAUUUGCCCACAAGCUGGUGUUAUCUGUUAAUUCUCCAUACUUUAAGGGGCUAAUGAACACUCGAUACUACAUGGAACCAGGGCUUUAUGAACAUCCAUUGAAGGGGGUUGAAGGAGAAGCUGUGCAGACGAUUGUCAACUUCUUUUAUACGGCCACUGUAUCAGUCAAUGAGGAGACAGUUUGGACUUUGUUGCCAGCUGCUGCUAAGCUGCAUGUUGCUGAAAUUCAGAGUUUGUGCAGUAACUUUCUUCUUUCCGUAUUGGAUAUUGAGAAUUGUUUAAAGAUUCACCAUAUAGCCACCGAAUGUCUAGCUUCUAAUCUUUUGAAGGAGAGCACUGAUUUCAUCAAAGAAAAUUUCGACAAGUUAUUGGAGGAAGAUUGCUUUCUAGACCUGGAGUUUCAGGAUGCUAUGCCACAUCUGAAACGUUUGGGUGACACCGGACUUUCCAAUGACCAGGUUCUUCAUGCUAUUAAGUGCUGGCUUGUUGCUGCAAUUGAUGAAAGACAAGUGUAUGGAUCACUGAUUAUCAAGAGGUUUCCAAAUCUUGCCUCCAAACUUGAACACUUCAUUCCACCUGAGUUCCUUGAGAUUGAAAGUGAAAUUCAGGAAAAUGGAGUUGGAGCAAGCAAAAUUUCGGAUAAAGCAGAGACCAACAACAGGAUCUCCCCACACAAUAACAAGUCUGAGGCCUCCAACCAUACACCCACAGCUCACAAUGGCAAGGAAGAAAACUACAUGUGCUUUGAGUGUGCUGAAGAGUUUGACACAAAAGCGGAGCUUGAAGAACACGUCAAGAGUCAUAAGGUCUACAUUAAGACGGAGAGCACAUCUCCCAACCAAAACUCUGCCUUGAAAUCUAAUGAACAGUCCAACAAAAGCGAGAGUCCAAAUUCUCUACCAUAUAGCCCUACUCCCACUAAAUUUUCCACCCCACCCCCAAGGUCCUUUAGUCCAUACGAGGAUUAUAUCAAGAUGAAUGCUAACAAGUCAAUGGACUUUAACAGUAGUUUAUCCAAUUACCUUAACAGCGCCGAUGAUUCAGGUGGAUCUUAUUUUGACCAGUACAUGAGGGCUCGUGGACUGGACAGUCCAAGUUUUGGUCAGAGGUAUUCAAGGUCUCCCACACCCAGCCGUGUUCAGUCUGCUAAUCCUCUACUUAUCACAGUCACCAGUGGAACAGUGGAUGGAAGCGACAUGAAAUUCAUUUGCCCCGUGUGUGGCAAAAGUUACCUGGACAAAGACUCCCUUAGCAGACAUUAUGAAACACAUUCACACUUUCCCUGCAAUGUGUGUGGAAAAACGUACAGCACAAAAUCCAAUCUGCACACUCACAUGAAGAAACAUUCUGAUGACAAAACGUACUCCUGUAACACGUGUGACAAAACUUUCACCAGUCCAUCUGUCCUCAAAACUCACCUCCGCACACAUACAGGAGAAAAGCCAUUUAUUUGCCCAACUUGUGGUGUGGCUUUUGCAAAAAAUAUCCACUUGAAACGACACUUGUCCAUCCAUACAGGGAUCAAACCCCAUGAAUGUAAAGUAUGCAACAAGAGAUUCAGCCGUUCGGAUCACCUGAAACGUCAUGUUCAGAGCAUCCACACUCAAGACAGACCCCACAUCUGUUCACUCUGUGGCAAAGACUUUGUCCGGAAAUAUGAACUCAACAAACACAUGAAGCAAUCUCACUGGGGGUUCACUGUUGGAGAAGAGGAGCAGGAAGUGGAUUCUUCUGCCUGUGAGCCCAUGGAUACCAGCAUGAUGUCCCGCAUGCAUGCUGGUAUGGCAAAAGGAUUUGUUCCCUUUAGUGAAUCAAAAGCAGAUAGAUCUGUGGGGGAAGAGAAUUCAAAUUCUCCAAAUCAAAAAGGCCAGAUUUCACCUGAUGGUAUACCAAUUACAGUCAAGGAAGAGCCAAUCUCGCCAACGAAGUAAGAAAAGUAGGCCUGCUGAGAAAUGUUGAAAUACGGUGCAAAAUUUCUCUAUGAAGACUGUUUUUAUUUAACUUCUUGUUCCGUUUUUCGCAUUGUUUAUAUUUUGUAUGUUAAAAAGAUGACAUGUUCUUGUACUGCCUUGAAUGCUAUUUAUUUCAGAUGGAGUCUUUCCUAGUCUUUUUAAAGGGAGAUAACUCAUAUUUACAUUAACUUCAUUGCCUCUAAAUAUUGUUUAGCAUGCGAUAAUUUUGAGAUAAUGCAAUAAUUUUCUUGCAUGUAAAUGACAAUGUCGAAAGAAUCUCAAAAGAUGUGAUUUAUUUUUCGUUGUUAUGAUUUAGGAAUAUGAUUAUUGUAGCGUAUGUUGCUUUGAGGAGCUAUGUUGGAUAGAAGUAUCUCAAAAACUGGAGUACAAAAUAUUUAAACUUGCAAAUAUGGCAUAUAUUGAAACAGCAAAAUGAAAAUAAAUGAUAAUUAAAGAAGUUAUUUACAUGCAUAAUCGUUUACUUGGAUUUUUUUUUAUGAAAGUCGUGUAGUAUUUUAAGAUCUAGUUGUUAAUCUCAUAAUUUAUUUUAUUGUCUAACCAUUCAAACUUGAUAGUUUUUACUGCAUACACAUGUAUAACUGAAGUUUAUUUUUGUUGAUAAAGUUUGGAUGUUUGAUAUAAUCUGGACACAGUUUACAUUAUACAAGCUGUAGUUUGACAUAAUAAAACGGAUUAAUGAAUAUUCGGUAUUGGAUAUCGGUUUUAUAUACCACAUACCCUUGUAUUGCUUAGUCGUUUUUGUUACUAGUGUGAAUUUGGAACCACUCGGGCUUUCAUUGAAGAGGUGGAAGUGACCAUGACAAUGUGUGUGUAUUGGCUGUUAUGAAAUGCUCAAUUUUAUCAGAGUUCUAUUUGUUUUUGUUAAGUGCUUAAUAUGUUUAUUUUUUUUUUGUAUUUUGUGACAUCGUUACACGUAUAUCAUCUGGUCUAUUCUUUUCCAUUCUCCGUGUAUUGUGUAUUUAUUAUUAAACUAUUGUAUGGCAAAAACGAUGAUAAUAUUUUUUGUUUGUGUCUUUCAUCUCGUACAUUCGGAACUUUGUUGAAUGUCCAUGAAUUUGAAAUUUUAUUAUUAUUUUUGUUGAGAUUAUACGAGUAUGAUGAUAAACUGUACAUUCCGGAACUAAACUGUAUAAUUAUUAUACAUUUGUAUUUUUGGAUUUGAUGUGAAUGUUUAAUCUAGAAUCAUUUGAUCUGGCCCAACUCUUUUGCACAAAUAACCUAGAUUUUGGAGAAUGUUAUCCAUCAUUAAUUUUUUCCACUUUGUACAUUGUAUAUUUUUGAAAGUAUUUUGAUACUUAACAUGCAUUUCAAAGGUUCUGUGCUGGAGGUAUGAACUUUCCAGUGUCCAGUCCCCUACAAUGUAGCACUUAACUUCUCUGUUUUGGAUAUUCAAGUUAAGGAGAAAAGUGUAUUUUUUAAAAAUUGGACCAUCACAGAUUGCUAAUUUUCUCCAUCGAAAUUGUGUGUUGGUGACCCACUAAUAAAUUUUUUCAUGAAAAAAAUGCAAUGGACUAUAUCUUGGUGUUCUGUAAAAAUCAAUUCUGGUUAAAUUUGUUGUAUCUGAGUAUUACAUUCCAUUUUCAAAUUAACAUGCAAAACAUUCCCAAUAAAAAAUUGCUUUUCUUUAAAAGGAGAUACAUUAUAUAUCUUAAGAAAUGGAUUUAUUCAUGUUUUCAGGGUUCUGACACUUUUAAGCCAGUAAAUAUCUAUAUUUUUGUUGUUUGUCACAAGCAAGACAUAACGAUCGAUGUACAGAUUUGUUAAAGAUAUGGUAAAGUAUUAAAUUUUGAACAGAG